UUUGCCCACAGGAAGGAGAGAGACCGUGAGAGCCUUGUCAACGCCUCAACGGACCAUCGAUCGAUCGCCCAUGCUUGCGGGCUAGCUACCCCCCCACCUCCUGCCCCUUCCCUUCCCUUCCGGGUAUUGUGACGACGGGCUUUCCAUGCGUGCUUUCCGACGUUCUGGCGUUUUUUCGCGGGGAGUUGCGGGUGAAGGCGCGGCGUGGAGGAUGUUUGGUUGGUCGGUCCGGAGAAGUUAAGAAUGUGGAUGGCGAGGGGUUGGAGUGCAGAUUGGACGAGGUAUAGCGUGUGAGAGGGUUUGCGGGGAUAGAUUGUACUGGACUGGGGUUGAUCUGACCGAUUUUCUAGCUGAGGAGCAAUCAUCGCGGGUCGUUGAUACUUUUGUCCGUUGCGGCACACGAGGUUACGAGGUUUUGAGGUUUGUAUGAGGCAUGUGAGGUUUGGUUCGAUGUCUCGGAGUUUUCGGCGGGCAUUCAGCUGUGGUGAAAAGAGGACCGGAGGCUUGUUGGGAGGGCUUAGAGCUGUUGAGGCGAUUUGGCUAUGAGAGAGGCGGAUUGAGGUGGCAAUAACGCGGGAAUGGCUGUGCAAAUUUAGGGUCAGAGAGGUGUGAGUCAGGAGUUUAAGGUUUUGAUGUUUGGCAUUUGAGCUGGAAGCAUACGUUUUCUCGUGGUUUGUGUGUGGAGCCGGUUGAAGUUGUUGGUAUCGCGUGGUGGUGGUGGUGGUGGAAGGGAAUACAUGGAAGUUACAGGGGGACGUUCAUUUACAGGAUUAGCGUAGAGGAAGAGCCUAUGGAGGAUGAAGAUUUGAUUUUCAGAUUCUAGAAUAGGAAAAUAGCAACUUUUAGGGAGUAGAAGCGAUUGCAGAUGUUGGUGGACACAGCGGCAGUCUUCUAUUGAUUUGCCAUGCUGCCGAAGAGUAGAGGAAAAAAUGUAAUUAGAGGGAAGAGAGGAGCUUGCUGGAGAGAAUUGAAAACAGGGUGGGGUGACUGUAGCAGAAGGAGCGUUAGCAGCAUGCAGUCAGGACGGUGCAGGAAGCAGUAGGGAAGGAUGCACCGUUACCCUGCUGCUGCCGGGGGCAGCAGCAGUGGUGGUCCUGGUGGAGGUGGCCCUCCUCCUGCUCGCUCCUCUGAUCCUUCCUUUCAGAAUUCAUCUAACUUCACUUUCGCUUCUCGGCGUGCAGUACCACUUCAGCCCUACAAAUUGCGUUGCGAAAGGGAGCCCCUAAGUGCUCGACUGGGGCCACCAGAUUUUUACCCUCCAACACCUAAUUGUGCCGAGGAGAUUCUGAACAGGGACACUACUGUAAAUGGUUAUAAAGAGCUUAUUGCCGGCGUUGAGGAAAAUAGAGAAUCCUCGCUGAGUUUAACUGAUAGUGAUGCCUUAUGGGCCAAGCCUAAUGUGAAUCGUUAUAAAGAGUCUAUUCGAAAGCGGUUAAGGGAGCUCAGUAUUGCACUAAUUCGGAAACGUAAGGCUGGUCAAGUUUAUGGUGUUCCACUUUCUGGCAAUUUGUUAGCAAAAUCUGGGGUUUUUCCAGAGCAUCGCACCUGCGGAGAAGACUUCAGAAAGAAAUGGAUUGAGGACCUGUCACAGAGGAAGAGACUUCGAGCUCUGGCCGAACAUGUCCCGCAUGGUUAUCAAAGACGCACCAUCUUUGAGGCACUUAUUAAGCAUGACGUUCCUCUACUUCGAGCUACUUGGUUCAUCAAAAUCAUUUACCUUAACCAGGUCAAACCCAUGUCCAUUGGAAUGUCGGCAGGAGGUCCUGACAAAUCACAGUCAAAGCGAGUGGAACUGUGGACCAAGAAUGUGUUGGAGUAUACUCAGUCGUUGCUGGACGACCUAUGCCAGACCGGAGGUGCUUCAGGAUCACACUCUCAGAUCCUGUCUGUAAGAGGCGACUCCGUUGAGAACGAGCCUGAUUUGCUUGCGAAAUGGCGGUAUAUUGUGGGCUUGGCACAGUGGCAUUACACUGAAGGGCUUCUUAAUCGGACUCAAGUUGUUGACUGGGCUUUGAAGCAACUUCAGGAAAAGGAGAGUGUGGAGGCUCUAGAGCUUCUUCUACCGAUAUUGCUUGAACUCGUCGACGGCAUAUCUAUGUCUCAAACACACUCACGGAUGCUUGUUGAAUUAUGUCUUCAAUGGCUCCGUAAGCUCUAUCCGUUAGGGCACGUGCCUAGCAUUGGUGAUAAUUCACGAAACAAUCGGGUAGCCGACACAUUAGUGAAGCUGCUGCAAUAUCUCGUUCUUGUCAUUCCUGACACCUUCGUUGCAUUGGAUUGUUUUCCUUUGCCCCAGUGUGUUAGCUUGGGUGGCAGUGAAAGCUCAGCCAUUGAAAGUUCAUCCAACGAUCUUGGCAGGGUGAACUCUGUUGUCGAAGAUCGGUCUAUCAUGUAUGCAAAGGGAAAGAGAAAGACAUAUUCUGAGGUUGGGGUUGUCGAAUCAGUGGAUCUUAUUCAGAAACGUACUGCGUCUUUAGCAAGUGCAGUGAGUCCUACUCUGUUGCGGAACAAUGAAGGGAAAAUUGUUCAAGCUCUGGACAAAGCUUUGGAGAAAGGAGACAUUGCAGGUGCCUACCGAAGUGUCUACGAUGACGAAUUCUGCAGUAGUGAUAAUUUACCAGCUGAUUGGCGAGCAGAUGUCACCUCUCGCACUGCUUUCAAUCUUUCUGGCCCAGUUAAUCCAUCAGAGCUGUAUCCAGUACGAUUCUUGUGCGAGUGGGCUGUUUGUGAUUUUCGAGACUGCCGAGGCAUUGUAAGCAAAACGAUACGGAAACAAAGUGCAUGCAGGGACAUGUCACGUGUGUAUGUGGCCGUCUCAGUCUUACGGAUGAGGUUAGCAGAAAUGGACUCGAAGAUUGGUCCUCACUCUCCAGACACCAGGUUGCCAGAACAUUUCGACAGCUGCGAUCCUUUGUCUCGUGGUGGUUUGCCAGUACAUGUUCGGAACAGAAAGAGCAAGAAAGGGCAAGCUGUACAUGCACCAAUGGACCACUCUGUUGAAUUCAGCAGUGGCAACUUUUCGGCGCUGCAUAAUCAUUCUCAUAACUCGAUAGCAAUACAUGACUUGAUAUAUGCUUGGUUGGAUCAACAUGAACUUUGGCAAGGAGAUAGUUCAGAUCGGCUACCCUUGCUUCUUUCUGAACUCGUUAGAGAGGGUUUGUUUAGUCCAGAAGCUUACGUUAGGCAGCUGCUCUGCAAUGGAGUUCUGGACAGGCAGUCUACUGCUACAGAGGUAGCUCGAGCAUCACGACACAGACAUGUAUUGCAGCAGUUACCAUUCCCAGGAGGGUUGAUUGGUGAUGCUGUCAGUAAUAUCGACUCCAGGCAGUCUGUGGCCUUCCGAAUGUAUCGAAUCGAGCGCCGGCUAGCACUAGAUGGUCUGGGGAUUCGACGGCAUGAACAACAUAUCCAGGGAACAGGAGCUACCGGAUCUAUUGUUCGAAGAGAGGGUUCGAAAGGUUCUGAAUCUAGGCCCUCUGUGCACGAGUUUCGAGAUAGGAAGAAACGUCAGAAGCGAAAUUUUAUGAUUGCAGAACUUAAACAGCUCAUCGCAAUCAAUCUUCAAUUGCCUGAGUAUUCUUUUAGAAUGGUUGCAAAGCAACUAGAAAUGAAGGUAGGGGUUGGAUCAAGGGGCUCCAAAAGGUUUUCGUACAACAAUAUGGGAACUAGGGAUGCUACUCCAGGUUGUGAGGAAUGUAGCCGGGCAAAACGACAAAAAACAGCAGAAGGAAAAGAGUGGAUUGCCACUGGGUCUAUGACUCCCUUAGAAGAUGAGGAUGAAAAUUGGUGGUUCAAGAAAGGGCCACAAAAGGUUGUUGAAAAUCCCAUUAAAUUGGAACCUCCUGUGAAAGUUGCUCCCAAACAAACCACCAGAGGACGGCCAAAGCCUGUCCGCAAAACUCAAAGUCUUGCUCAAAUGGCUACGAAUCGGCUUGAUAGCAAUCUGGGAGCAUCAACCACACAUGUGUUGGAACCCAAAAUCAGCUGCCCAAUACAUCACUCAAGUCUGGAGGGUGGAACUGCAGCUCAAUUGAAAACUAGUCAUUAUUCGAAAAUGACAGGUGAUUUGCGUGCUAUUGGAGAGGCUAUGAAGCGUCUCAGAGUAGUAGAGAAUCAGAUGAUUGUAAGCUGGCUGGAUAGCCAACUGCGAAGCAUUUUGACAAAUCAAGGGAUCACAUCUCCAUCUUUGCAAGGAGACCGCAGAUUGGCAAAUGGCGGAGUCUCUAACACUGAUUCUGCAGACCCAGGAACAUGGAGGCUAGGAGAAGAACAAUUUUCGAUUAUUGUGUACAUUAUGGAUGUUGGUAACGACCUCCACACGCUGAUGCAGCUUUUGCUUUGGCUUCUGCCUAUUUCUGGGACUAUUUCGUCCCCGUCUGUCAUCCAUGUAAACCACGGAAUCCCUGCUUAUGUUGGAAGCAGAGAUGGCUCCUCUUGUGCUGUGGGAGAAACAGCCUUAUUAUCGUGUCUUCAAAGGUAUGAAGGUGUUCUGGCGUCCAUGGAUAUGCUUCCACAAGCUUUGUCUGCAGUUGUGCAACGAGCUGCAAAUGUAAUGGCAGCCGUACCUGGAGGUAGAGCUGGAUGCUCUGCGCUUUUGUGUUACGUCCGGGAUCUUUUGCGGAAGUAUGGAAGCCUUGCCAAUGUACAAGCUUGGGAGAAAAGUUGGAAAGCUUCUUGUGACCAACGCCUUCGGGCUGAACUCGAAGCUUUGAAAGGUGACACUGAAGGUGGAUUUGGGCUGGUCAGCAGUAUGGGUGAUGAUAGAGAUGAUCCUGUUCCGCCUCGUCUGACAGGGCGUCUUGUACGAUAUGGAAAUGCAAUGAAGGAGAUUAUUCAGCGAAGUGCCGAUGCCAUAACACAGAUUAUCAUCAAUAAAGAACGGGAUGUGGGAGGGGAACCCGUGGAAGACGUGCUUCGUCAUGGUCACACGCUUUUAGUGGGUGUGAUGAAUAUUAUAAAACAGAACAGUGGUGGCGUUUCUCAAAAUGAUGUUGCGCUUUUGGCCAAUGCGGUAUCCACCAUUGUCAACCAUGCAGGUCAAAGUGUGGCCAAUGUUUUGGAAAACUUGGGCUAUAACGCCCCUGGAGAAACUACUGCAACUGCAUUGUCUGCUUUACAGGCUGGGCGCCGAACAUUGCAGUUUUAUGUUUAUUGCCUGCAUUUAUUGAAGGGUGCUGUUGAUGACCGCACAUUCCGUAUGCUUGAAGUGGCCAUAGCGAAUGAAGCAAAUACAAUUGUGCAGGCUGGAGUAGGCCAUUUUCCAGGAAGAGCACCUCGGUCUCAAUUUCAUUUGUCGCCUGAAACUCCAGACACCAACUCGACCUUAGCAAGUGAUCCCGGAGGCACCCUUGGGCGGCCUACCAUGGCAGCUUCAGCAGUUCUUGCAUUAGUUACAGGUCUGGUGGUCAACGGGGUAACUACCCUUGAGCGCAUGGUGUCUGUAUUGCGUGUGAAGGAUGGUUUAGAGAAUAUGUAUCUUCAGAAGUCUGGAAGUUUGAACUCAAACGGCAAAGUGAGUAGUAUGGGGGGUAACGCAAAGACCGAGAGUGUGCCAGAAGCACAUAUUCAUUGGUUUCGUGUACUAAUUGGAGAUUGUCGAACUGUACUAGAAGGACUAGUUGCAGAUUUACUCGGUGAACCAGCAGUGUUGGGUUUGGCACGUUUGCAAAGAUCUCUGGCUCUCGUGACUGUUUUUCCUCCUGCAUAUGCUAUCUUUUCAGUUGCCUUGAGGAGGCAGCAAACUAUUUUUGUGAACAACAUGAGCCGUGAGGAGGCUAUAAUUCAGGCAGUUACAGUUGCAGGCAAUGAUGUGGUCGCUCACGAACCAUUUCGUGACGUAUGUUUACGGGAUACUACCUCACUCUACCGCUGUCUUUCGGGCGACUCAGGAGACUCGAAGUAUGCAGCCAUGCUUGACGUGCAGGGUUUUGAGUUAUAUAAGAAAGUUUCAGCAAUGGUACCGCUACGUGCCCGUCUCUUCUUGCAUGCUCUGUUGGACCGGAAAAUGCCAGAGGACGACACGCGGAGUCAAAAUCGGUCUCAUACGUCAAACGGACCCGGACAAAUUGAACAAGUUGUUCAGGUUCUGGAUGAACUUCAGGCUGCCACAUUUCAUUGGCAGUGGAUAGAGCUGCGUCUACUUUUGAAUGAGCAAGUAAUUCUUGAAAAGCUGAAGAUUCAUCCACAGAAUGCCCGAGAAGCUGUCCUGGCAGCUAUGCAAGGUCCAGAGCGUCAGCAGUUGGAUGAGUGUGAAAAAACUUUUACAGAGAUCUUGCUCACACGGCUGUUAGUCAGACCUGAUGCCGCUGCUCUUUACUCCGAAGUGGUGCAUUUGCUUGGCAAAGCUUUAGAAGACUACCUCAUAUUGCAUGUGAAGUGGGUGCUGGAAAAUAAUGACAUGUUGCUGGGUCGCAAGUCUCUUCGUCAGCUUCUUGAUAACAUUGCAGCAAAGAGUGUGCCUGUUAGGGCAAGGCAGGUAAGAGCAUUGAACUGGCAGCCUCCCAGACCACUCCACAGAGAUUCGGAAGAGGCUGCUGAAAAGAAACAGUGGUCUCUGCAAGGGGGUGCAGCCUCACCUGAAGAAGGUGAACUUGAAGACGAACGGAUGGAUUGGCAGAAAUCUGAUGAGAAGCCAUCUCGACAGAGCUCUGGAACAUUGUCUGGUCUAACAUGCAAGCCUUUUGCAACUGAGAAGGCCUUGGCGGAUUUGGUCCUUCCUUGUCUGGCUCGAAGUUCUAUGGAUAACCGCAAUGGUUUUGCCCAUGAACUGGUAAAAGAGAUGAAUAACCUUGAGCAGCACAUAAGUAAUCUCACUCGAAAUAGUGGUCGAACAAUAGCAUCUACUUCUCCAGGAGGUGAUGGUAUUCUCGGCUCUAAAGGCUCCAGCGUCCGGAGAGGUGGUCGCAGUGGGAUGGAUGUUGGCAGUCCAGGUCUUGGUCGUAGAUUCACUGGUCCCGUUCCUGAAGCUGUUCCUGUGUCACCGGCAGCUUUGCAAACAUCUGUAUGGUUGCGGCUGCAAUUUCUGCUUCCACUUCUUCCUAUAAUCCUCGCUGAAAGAGAACAGCAGUCAGUGCCAAAUAAGCGUCAAACUCUUGCACCGGUACUACUCCGCUUGCUUGGGACAAGGAUUGUACAAGAGGAGACUGAUCCAUUAUGCUGCUGGGAUCCUUCAUCUUCAAAUGACUUCGAAAGAAACUCUCAAGCAACGUCUGCUGCUGCGGCUGCUUCUGCUGGUGAACCUUUAUUCGAUAGACUUCUGAGCAUUUUGCACGCACUUCUGAGCAAUACCUGGGCCGUGUGGCUCAAACCCCGCAAAGGUUCUGUUAAGCCCUUACGAGAUAUACCACCUUUCGAUAAGGAGGCGGCCGAACGCAUGCAGGUGGAUCUGGAGCACAUGCAGUUACCUUGUGGCAUUCGCGCCCGACUUCAGGCGGCCUUUCCCCUUCUUCCACCCACUCCUGUAACUACAGUUUCAGCAGCCCCUCCUCAAGUGCCUGUUUCAGUUUUAUCUCAACUGCAGGUCAAAGGAUUUAACAGCACUCUGGGGGUAUCCACAACUUAUCCAGGGUCAGCUCAGAAGAGUCUGUACCCUCUUGAAAACAAUGCCGGUAAAUUGAAAGCAGUGACUUCAGCAGAUUCCGAGAUGGAGGUUGAUCCCUGGACACUGCUUGAAGAUGGUGUGGGGGCUUCAAGUGGUCCAAUUGGAAGUGGAGAGGUUGGAAAUUUGAAAGCAUGCGCUUGGUUGAAGGGAGCUGUUAGGGUCAGGCGAACUGAUCUCUCAUACAUUGGAGCUGUUGAUGAAGAGCCUUGAUUGAGCUUACCUGGCGGAAGGCCUAUGCAUUUAAAAUAAUUGGAACGGUCUCUUACAGAAUGUAGGAUCUGUUCCAUUCCAUUUGUAUCAUAUCUCUCAUGUACACCAGUCUGAGAACAAUUCAACCAGGGCAUCUAAAUCCGUGUAUCAUCUGUUGGUUGAAGGAUGGAGCAAUAUUGCUCCUGUUGCAUGGGUUCUCUCAAGUUACUAGUAUACAUAAUGAGUUGGUGCAGCACGGCCUCAGUUAUAUGAGCAAAUGUCUUCACGCAGACCUAUGGAUGACCAUGGUUCGAUCGUUACAGGAGCGGCUGCUUGGUGAUGAAAAUAGAUUCUACAAACUACAAAUCCGCUUUCAACCGGUUUAGUAUUCCAUGCAUGUCUGUCCUUGUCGUAGGCUGUGUGAUAUUACUGUAACAUGAGCGUCCCUACUUGGUCUGAUGCAUGUGAUGACUCAUCAUGCAUGUGGAUCAAUGAAUCAUCAUUUUCAGUCAUCAUUACGACUUAUCACAUGAAAGUUUGUUGGUUUGUCUGUUACUUGACAAAGUCAUUUUAAGCGAGAUUCCCUUGCGUGUCAACUUUCA